UGCUUGCUCCAAGGAAGACACCGUGAGCCCUGCGUGAAAGGGAGGGCAAGAAAUCAGGGAGAAAACCACAAGCUUCCCCUGGAGAUGGCAGCUAAAAGGCCCUGCACUGUGACUGCCACCGUGGUUCUUACGCUCUUCCUCUGGACUCACCUUUCCGUGCAGGCACCUGUGAAUGGUUCUAAAUGGUCUUACCUGGGUGCCGAAGGAGAAAAAAUGUGGGCCAAGAAGUAUCCCUUUUGUGGAGGAUUGUUCCAGUCUCCCAUAGAUUUCCAUGACGAUAUUCUCCAGUAUGACUCCACUCUUUUGCCUAUAGAACUGGAAGGCUACAACGUGUCAUCUUUCGAACAGUUUAUCUUGACGAACAAUGGGCAUUCAGUAAAAAUGAGCCUCUCCCCUACCAUGAAUGUCAGAAGCCUCCCCAACCGGUACUCGGCGGCUCAGCUCCACUUGCACUGGGGGAACCGGAACAAGCAGGAGGGAUCAGAGCACACUAUUGGCGGGAGACAUUUCGCUGCUGAACUCCAUAUUGUACAUUAUAACUCUGACCAAUAUCUAGAUAUGAACUCAGCAGCAGACAAGUCGGAUGGCCUGGCAGUCUUGGCAAUCCUGAUUGAGAUAGGCCAGUUCAAUCCUUCCUAUGAAAAGAUCUUCAGUCAUUUCCAGAAUGUGAAAUACAAAGAUCAGGAAACAUCCAUCUCCGCUUUCAAUGUCCAAGAAUUGCUUCCAGAUAGACUGGACGAGUAUUACCGGUAUGAGGGAUCCCUGACUACCCCUCCUUGCUACCCAAGCGUUCUUUGGACGGUUUUCCGAAAGCCAGUACAAGUUUCACAGGAACAGCUGCUGGCCCUGGAAACGGCUUUGUAUUGCACACAGCAAAAUGAUCCUGCCCCCCUGGAAAUGGUGAAUAACUUCCGGAGAGUUCAGGAGUUUGAAAGGAUGGUUUUAGUCUCCUUCCGACAAGACCCGGUACGCAGUGGACUGAGCAUAGGUUUUGUGCUGUCUGUUGUGGUAGCCAGUAGUCUCGGGGCUGUUGCUGUCUUGGCCCUUGCCUUUUGGCUGAUUCGAAGGAAGAAGAGCAGCAAAAGGACAAAGGAAGACAAAGGUGUCAUCUACAAACCAGCCAUCAGCAAAGAGGAGGAAAAUACCUCCAAAGCAUAAGCGUCUACCGUGUAACUGAAUCAGCCUUCCACGCGAGGCACCAUCAAACAUUUUCAUAUUCGUAACAGCUCAGCAGCCCAACGAUUCCUGUAUCUCUUGCCUUUGUCUAUCAAUCAAACCAAGGCUUUUGUUUUUCCUGAGCACAAGAAUGGGUGUAUUCAGCUGUUUGCUCUUGUGCAAGAUGAUAUGAAAGGACAAGCGGUUUGCUCUCAGAUCAAUGUAACUGGUACGUGCCUUUAUGCAUAUCCCAACAGGCUCGGCACCAAACAGCCUAUUAGCAGCUGUGAGGAGCUUGGUUUGUGCUAUUGUUCUACACGUGAGAUUGCCUGCUGGCAGAAAGCAUCCAAACGGGAAGAAAGUCAUUUGCACAAAUGUAUUGCAUGGGUGGGAAUCUCCCCCACCCAAAAUGACAUUUGUACUGGCAGUGCUAAGGAAUCACAUUGAAUAGGUGCAUCUAAAUGACACUCUUUGUGAAAACACUAAAGGGUCUGUCUGAAAUAUUAUUGCUAAUGAUGGAACUGGAAAAGCGGGGGAGGGAAAAAGAGCAGACAGUUGUCAAACCUGCUUCGGAAGCACAUUCAAAACAGGACUGGAAGUACUGCUAAAAUACCCUAAAAUUGGGUAGAAAAUUCCAGCAGGGAAGGGGACCACGCAUUUCCCUAGGUUUCUGGUUUUAUGCUUCAGCACCAAACCAACUCUCACAAGCUUGUUUUCUGAAAGGACACUAAAGUGAUUUUUUAAAAAGCAAAACUCGAACUGUGUUUUCAGCAACUUGACCAAGACACGCCAGUUUGUUGCCGAGUAAAGCAGCAGCUAGACAAAAAACAACAUUGUUGUUUUGACUGUCCCAGCCCAAUGAAUCAGACCUCUUUUUAGAUCUGAGCAAAUGGCUAUUCAGGUAGAAGAUAAGUAAUGCUUGAAGCCACAAGCUUCAGCAAUGCAUCACAGAUGUCCUGAAAUACGGCCACUUCACCCCUUCAAGUAUACAACUAAACAGAAAUGAAAAUCCCUCAGCCCCAGGGAGAGCCCUAAAUCACUACUCUGUGCUUUGGAUCCUAUUACAAUUUUUCUUUCCUGGAUAGUUUCGGCUUAUACUAUUGUCGGCAUACACUACUAAAGUACCAGCAAUGAGAUCUCAAAAUUAAUGUUGCCAGAAAUUUUUUUAACAAAACAUGAUUGUUGGACUCUCAAAAGGCUCAUGGAUUGGGUCUCUGAACUGUGCACAGUUGUGUGUGGGGGGGCCCUGCAUCCUCUGCCUCGUCUCCCGUUUGUAAGCCAAUUUGCUGGUUAGUCUAUGCUGCCACUUUUGGAGGCAUGGUACGUGUCUUUAAAAUCCUUGUGGAAACAUUACAGACUGUGUUAUCUCUAAUCAGGUAAGGGCAAGAGUUUGGAUGCCAAAAUUGGACCGGGGUGGUGGCUUCCAUGAGAAGCACGGUUGAGAAGAAAACAGAGGGCAUCUUGCAAAAAGCAUGGAGGGAAAUAUCCAAACACAGAAGGGGAUAGGAGUUGAUAUACCGAUGUUUGCUGAUUUCAUUAUUUUCGGGCACAAUCCAACCAAAGCUAAGGACUUUUAGAUACUCUUACUUUUGGUGGAAGUGAGCUGUGCAACCAUUUAAUACUCCCACAGUGCCUAGAAGUGACUGAUGUAGUAUUUCAGUGGUGAACAGAGAUGGUCAUUCGGAGGGCUGAACAACAGAACAGGCUAAAUACUUGUUCACUGGUUCUCAGAACAUGAGAUCCAAUCAGUUGGCGACAGACAGGCAAGACUCCAAGGCUGAGGACCAACCAACUGGCAUCUCCUAGAUCUGGGGAAAUGAUAGCAAAAAGCAUACAUUGGAUUUAAUCCUCUGGAGUUCAUCGGGAUGCGUUUGUUAGGUCCCCGAAAGCACCAAGGUGUCUUAAAAUGCUCUUAAAAACGUAUCACGUGUUGAUUUAAGGAGUGUCAGGUAUGAGAUAGCCGGCGUGUUUCAAAUAAAACAGGUCAAAUCACAAACCUGAAUGUGUGAGUUGCAGACUAAAGAAAUCAUGUUGUGAGUUGUGACAAUGGGUAGAAGCUGCAGCUUUGUACCAGAGGUUCUGUCUUGUGAUAACAAAUUUUAUAUAAACAAAAUCAGUAAUAUUAUCUUCAUGUAGCAACAAACAAUAAAUAUUUUUAUCUAGA